GCAACCUUUGAGAGUCAGCCGGCAAAAACUUGUUGGCGCAUAUUAAUAUUCCAAAUAAUAAACAACUUAGAAUGAAAUUAAGUGUUGAUGGCUUGCUGGUGUAUUUUCCGUACGAAUACAUCUACCCGGAACAGUAUGCGUACAUGCUAGAGUUGAAACGCACAUUGGAUGCAAAGGGACAUUGCCUGCUGGAGAUGCCUUCGGGCACAGGCAAAACAGCCACAUUAUUGUCCUUAAUUGUCGCAUAUAUGGUAGAGCAUCCAGAUGUUAUACGAAAAUUAAUAUAUUGUUCGCGUACCGUACCGGAGAUUGAAAAGGUCAUCGCCGAGUUGCAAAAUCUGAUGUCAUACUACCAAAAGAAUGCGCCUGAGCCACCUGCUUUACUUGGUCUGGUACUAAGUUCGCGGAAGAAUAUGUGCAUACACCCGGAAGUUAGUAGAGAACGUGAGGGUAAAGCAGUCGAUGGAAAAUGUUUUGGCCUGACGGCCAGUUAUAUUCGCGAACAUCAUGAGAUAGAUCCUGAAAAUAAUCCAAUAUGCCAAUACUAUGAAGGCUUUACUUUGGAAGGAAAAGAGAGUAUGAUGCCACCUGGUGUAUAUAGUAUUGAUGACCUCAAAGAAUAUGGACGCAUGCGGAAUUGGUGCCCCUACUUUUUGGCACGUUUUGCUAUAACACAUGCACAGAUAGUUGUUUACAGCUAUCACUAUUUGUUGGAUCCUAAAAUAGCUGAAGUUGUGUCCAAAGAGAUGACCAAACAGUGUUGCGUUGUUUUUGAUGAGGCACAUAAUAUUGAUAAUGUGUGUAUCGAUUCGAUGAGCGUCAAAAUCAAUCGUCGUAUUGUAGAACGUAGCACGAAUGCAUUAAAUAAUCUACAAAAACUGGUACAAGAUAUGCGUGAGGAUGAUGCCAAUAGACUCAAUGAUGAGUACCAACGUAUGGUACAAGGAUUGAAGGAUGCACAGGUGCAACGUGAAACUGAUAUGGUGAUGGCCAAUCCCGUAUUACCUGCAGAUGUAUUGAAAGAGGUUGUGCCCGGAAAUAUACGUAAUGCUGAUCAUUUUCUUAGUUUCCUACGUCGUUUUGUAGAAUAUAUUAAAACACGUCUACGCGUACAUCAUGUUGUGCAGGAAUCACCUGCUGGUUUCCUUAAAGAUGUGGCAUCUAAAAUUUGCAUAGAACGUAAACCGUUGCGCUUUUGUGCCGAGCGUCUAGCUAGCUUGUUGAGAACACUGGAAAUUACCGAUAUGACAGAGUAUGGCGCGUUGACAUUGAUUACACAUUUCGCUACUUUAGUAUCCACCUACACUAAGGGUUUCACAAUCAUAGUUGAACCUUUUGACGAUAAAACACCCACCGUCAUCAAUCCAAUACUACAUUUCAGUUGCUUGGACUCUUCCAUAGCUAUGGCGCCGGUGUUCAAACGCUUUCAGACUGUAGUAAUCACAUCAGGCACACUUUCACCUAUGGAUAUGUAUCCAAAAAUUUUGGAUUUCGAUCCUGUUAUAAUGAGUUCCUUUACAAUGACGCUGGCACGUCCCUGCUUGCUACCCAUGAUCGUAUCGAAAGGUAAUGACCAAGUGGCAAUAUCUUCAAAAUUCGAAACGCGUGAAGACACCGCAGUUAUAAGAAAUUACGGUCAAUUGCUUGUAGAGACAGCGAAAACAGUACCUGAUGGUAUUGUAUGCUUUUUCACUUCCUAUCUCUAUCUUGAGUCUGUUGUUGCCUCAUGGUACGAUCAGGGCAUUGUGGACACUUUACUACGUUAUAAACUGUUAUUUAUUGAAACACAGGAUAAUGCUGAGACUAGUUAUGCGCUAAUGAACUAUGUCAAGGCCUGUGAUUGCGGCCGAGGCGCCGUCUUGCUUGCCGUUGCGCGUGGCAAAGUCUCCGAGGGCGUUGAUUUCGAUCACCAUUACGGACGCGCCGUACUCAUGUUUGGCAUACCCUAUGUUUACACACAAUCACGAAUACUGAAGGCACGCCUCGACUAUCUGCGCGAUCAAUUUCAGAUACGUGAAAAUGAUUUUCUCACUUUCGAUGCCAUGCGACAUGCGGCGCAGUGUGUGGGACGCGCUUUGCGUGGCAAAACUGACUAUGGUAUUAUGAUAUUCGCCGAUAAACGUUUCUCACGUCAAGAUAAACGCAGUCGCUUGCCUAAAUGGAUACAGGAGCACUUGGUUGAUAGUUUCUGUAAUUUGAGCACUGAGGAGGCCAUGCAAUUGGCGCGCCGUUGGUUGCGGCGCAUGGCGCAACCGUUCACGCGUGAAGAUCAACUGGGCAUAUCAUUGCUAACUUUGGAGCAAUUGGAGAACGCUGAGAAGGAGAAACUGGAGCGGCAGGCGCAAGGCAAAGAGGGUGUGGGCGGAGAGGUGAUGGAGCUGUGAAGGAGAAACGAUGAAAUAAAAUAAAUUUGAAAAUAAUAAAGUUUUUCUAACUUCA